GAGCGGAGCAGGUCUGAGCCGACAGACACACAGAGAGAAGGGGGGACAGAGUUUGCUGGAUACAUGAGACGGUGUGACACGGUGACGGAAAAUUACAACAAAACAUCCCGGGAUUUACAUUUGUUGACUGACCCAGUCGCUGCAGGUUGGAUCUGUCUGCUGAGGAGUUACCCGGACUCGACGUUAUCAGGCGUUGGUUCGAACCACUAAAGCAUAUGGGAUGAAUCAUACUGAAAUGUCCUGAUCCAACACAGAUCACUCAUCUUCACCCAUGGAUUUUUGGUUUUCAGAAGAAGCAAGUCCAGAAAGGGAACAGUGCUGAGAAAGAUCGGUAGGUGUCACACCAUGAAGCGGCAGGAGCGGCCAGCUGCAGCCUAUCUGAAAAUGUCUGAUAAUGGGGAGGUUGAGGACAAGCCUCCAGCUCCUCCAAUGAGGAACACCAGCACCAUGAUCGGUUCCUGCAACAAGGACCCCACCCCCCUCAACCAUGGCUCCAAGCCACUUCCACCUAACCCAGAGGACAAGAAGAAGAAAGACCGCUCCAUUCGAUUUAUCCUGACAGGAGGCAGCGAUAAGACCUAUAAGAAGAAGGAACGUCCGGAGAUUUCUCUGCCGUCUGACUUUGAACACACCAUCCACGUCGGCUUCGAUGCUGUUACCGGGGAGUUUACUGGCAUGCCAGAACAAUGGGCCCGCCUCCUGCAGACCUCCAACAUCACCAAGCUGGAGCAGAAGAAGAAUCCUCAGGCCGUCCUCGAUGUUUUGAAGUUCUACGACUCAAAGGAAACAGCUAACAGCCAGAAAUACAUGAGCUUUACAGAUAAAACUGCAGAUGCCUUCAACUCCUCCAUCAUAACGAGCUCCAAGGCGGUGUCGGAGACGCCCGCCGUUGCAACAGUUUCCGAGGAUGAAGACGAAGACGAGGCCGAGCCCCCACCAGUGAUCGCCCCCCGCCCUGAACACACCAAAUCAAUAUACACCCGCUCAGUGAUCGAGCCCCUCCCUCCUCCUUCAACCAAAGAUGCAGCCACCUCCCCCAUCAUCCCACAAACCACUGCAGCCGCCGUCACCCCCGCCUCACCUGGAGAGGCAGCUCCUGGCAGCCCCCCCAGUGCAAGCCCCGCCCCCGGACCCUCUCUGCCACGCGCACCAGAUAAAAACAAGAAGAAGAAGAUGUCUGACGAGGAGAUCCUGGAGAAACUACGAACAAUUGUUAGCGUUGGAGACCCCAAAAAGAAAUAUACUCGGUUUGAAAAGAUAGGACAGGGAGCCUCUGGUACCGUGUACACAGCCAUAGACAUCGCCACAGGACAGGAGGUUGCCAUUAAACAGAUGAACCUCCAGCAGCAGCCAAAAAAGGAGCUAAUCAUCAACGAGAUUUUGGUGAUGAGGGAAAACAAGAACCCAAACAUCGUCAACUACCUUGACAGUUACCUGGUUGGUGAUGAGCUGUGGGUGGUGAUGGAGUACCUGGCUGGAGGUUCCUUGACCGAUGUUGUCACAGAAACCUGUAUGGAUGAAGCUCAGAUUGCUGCUGUGUGCAGAGAGUGUCUGCAGGCUUUAGAGUUCCUCCACUCGAACCAGGUGAUCCAUCGAGACAUCAAGAGCGACAACAUUCUGCUGGGCAUGGAUGGCUCCGUCAAACUCACCGACUUUGGAUUUUGUGCCCAGAUUACUCCGGAGCAAAGUAAGCGCAGCACCAUGGUCGGGACUCCUUACUGGAUGGCUCCGGAGGUGGUGACCCGAAAGGCUUAUGGACCAAAAGUGGACAUCUGGUCUCUGGGCAUCAUGGCCAUUGAGAUGGUGGAGGGGGAGCCGCCGUAUCUGAAUGAAAACCCUCUCAGGGCGCUUUAUCUCAUAGCGACCAAUGGGACGCCAGAGCUGCAGAACCCAGAGAAGCUGUCAACAAUAUUCAGAGACUUCCUGAACCGGUGUUUGGAGAUGGACGUGGAGAAACGGGGAUCUGCUAAAGAACUACUGCAGCACCAGUUUCUGAAGAUGGCGAAGCCUCUUUCCAGUCUGACUCCUCUCAUUCUAGCAGCCAAGGAGGCGGCCAAGAACAACCGUUAGCUGGCUUUGCAUCGUUUUCCCCUUCGCGUACGUCUGUGAUCGCUCCUGAGAAGGUGGUGACAGCUGCUGGCCAGGUUACAAAACCCUCAGAAGGACUUUGGUCAAUCUCUCUGAGUGUUUUCUAUCUCGCAGCGACUGGUUCUUUACCCCUUCUCUUUUGCCUUUGAGCGUGAGAUGCGACUUUUCCACCCCCCACCGAACCACCUAAACGCUCCACCAGGCCUGGGCGAAAGGAUCGAGGGAUGUCUUUGCUGGCAUUGCCGUCCUCAUAGCCAACAUGAACAUGUUGACUUUAGAGAGAGCGUCUCAACAGAGCCCAAAGACGCAUGGUAGUUGUUUGUUUUCUUGUUUUUAUGUUUUUUAGGACCACAUCAUCCAGCCGUCACAUCUCUGACUGUGUCUGUUAGCUCCCUGUCCUUUGGACAGUUUGGAAGCAACUUUUAUUGUGUGUUUGUUACAGUGGACCUUUGGGAUUUUAAUUAUGUUGAUUGUAGCGUUACUUUCUGUAGGUUCUGAUGCAGAGCAGGUCGAGUUUGGUACAUUGUCGUCUCUUUGUUAAAGUUGGGGAAACACUGGUUUGCCCAGAGCCAUUGAUGGACAAGAUUUGGACCGAUGCCGGAGGAUGCUGGAGGAAAGUCCAGUAAACUUUCCUCCAGCAUUGGUACCUUCAGAACCACAGGUUGUUUAACUUAGAGCUUAAUGGGUCAGAAACGAGGAGUGGUUUAAGAGAGACUGCAGAAGCCUUGUUGCUCUAACAACACCGGUUCUAUCAGGACCCGCCUACCCAGUAAAUCCAGUACGCAGCAGACAUUAUAAAUGGUCCCCUGAUUUACCUGACAGAAUACACUGUUAAACUGACUUAGUCAUUUUAAAAAGAAAGUACAACCUCGAUUAAUUUAUGGUUUAUUGCAUAAAUAGUAGUAAUUGUAUUUGUCAUUUUACUUACAGGAGCGGUGUAAAGUAUUUCCCCCUCUCCAGAUUUCUUCAGGGUUUUUUUCUUGUUUUUUGUCACAAUGAAAUGUUUCAUAUUAUGAAACUAAUUAUAAUAUUAGACACUGAUGGUCAGAAGAAUUACAAACACAGCUUUCAAAUGAUGAUUUCAUUUAUUACAUGUGAAGAAGUGAAAACUGCCAUCAAGUGUUGGUGAGAACUCGGUCUUCUAGAUCACUGCUGAAGAACUUUGGCUUAAUUAAAAUAAUUCUACAUUAAGACUGGGCCAGUCUAAGGUCCCACCACAGCAUCUUAUUUCAAUUUAGGUCCAGACUUUGACUAGGCUACCCCAAAACCCUUUCUUUGUUGGCCAUUCAGAGGAGGAUUAGCAGGUGUUCUUUGGAUCAUUGAUCUGCUGCAGAACCCAUAUGCAUCUGAGCUUAAAGUCAAGAACUGAUGGCCAGACAUCCUCCUUCAGGAUUCAUGGUUCCAGCAGCUACAGGAAGGCGUUCCACCAUGUUUGAUUGUCUGAUGUAUGACGUUAUUUCUCUGAAAUUCUUCUUAAUCUUUACACCAGAUGUUGCGUGUGCGCACACACCAACAAGGUGUUGUUUUUGGUAAAUUUGUGCAGGGAGAGAUAUAGGCACGCUGGGCGCUCCAUGUUUUCUCCAUUUGUGGAUGUUUCUCGCUGUAGUUUGCUGGAGUUUUAAAACCUUAGAACUGACUUUAUAACCCUUUCCAGACUGAUAGGUGUUGGGGACUUUGUUUCUCAUAUGUUUAUGAACUUCUUUAGAUCAGGGCAUGAUAUGUUGUUUGUUUUUUGUUUUUUCAGAUUUUUCUGUCUACUUCAUGUUGUCAGACAGGUUCUAUUUAGGUGAUUUCUUGAUUUAACAGGUCAGUCAAUGAUCAGGCCUGGAUAUGACUAGAAAAACUGAACCUCCAGAUGGGCUUACUUCUGCUUUAAGGGGGAACAAUCACAUUUUCUUAUUGAGGCCAAGUUGGUUUGAAAUGUUUCUUUUUCAUCAAUAAAGGUCAAAAUUUAAAAAUUUAUUUUGUUUUUCUCAGGUUGUCUGAUCUGAAACAUAAGUGUGUCCAAAAAUACAAUAACAGAAGAAAUCUGUGAGGGGCAAAUAUUUUCCCACAGGACCCUACAUACAGCUAUAUGCUUGAAAAUGGGUGUACUUUCUUUUUACCAUGACUGUAAGUUGAUUUCAAACAAAAGAAGCAAACUUCAUUAGUGGCUCUGGGGCGUCGCUGUCUGCGGACUCGUUAGGAGACUCUGAGGGGAGAAUGUGCAUGAAAACAACCUUUUUUUCGUUUUUCUACGGUACGUUUAUGAUGGAGAAAAAAGCAAAGUGAUAAAUGAACGUAGUGAUGAUCGGUGAAGGAUGCUUGUGUACAAUAGUUGAGAUCAUAUCUGAAUCCUAUUUUCAGAAGGCAAAUAAAAGCCACAAACGUACAAAGUUGUGCAGCCCGGAGGAGCCCUGUGAACAUGAGGUGUAUAUUUUACAUGCAAGAAGAAAAACCUGUUUUUGCUUUUGUUUACAGAUUAUUUUUUUUAUAUAUUGAUCAAUGCUAGACAGUAAGUUCAUUACAUGGUAACGAUUUUUGGAUGACGUUGGAGAAUCAUCUGAAAGCUCUACAAACAUCUAAACAUUUAUUCAGAACUGUCUCUGAUUUCAUGCUUUCUUCUUUUUUACUUAGGUUUUUAAGUACUUCUGGCUUUAAAUUGUUAAAAGGCUUAAGAGUUAUUUUUGUCGUCUAAUGGAAGUGGUGAGUUGCUGCAUUUUCAGACAAAAUUACAUUUAUUUUGAACUCUGUUCACAAAAUCAUUCAGCUUUCAAAAACAUAAAACAGCUGAAAUAAGAAUAGUUGAUUUUAUCAAAUGAAGGAACUCAUUUUUCCCUCAGAUUUGUCUAAACAGUGUUUAGACAAAUAUUUGCUGCUUUGAAGCAGCAAAUAUUUGCAUCAGGUGGAAGUGUGUUAAUGUUUAUUAACUGACUGAAAAUGUUGCAGCUGUGUUAUUGUUGUUUUUGUCCAAGUCUGAAUCCUCAUAAAGCUCAGCUGAAUAUAAAGGGCUAUUCUGUAGCUUUCCAUUUGAUUUUUGUUUGCACUGAAGUCAGGUGAAUCCUACUUAAUAACUGAUAAUCAUAAUGCAGGAGCUGCUUGAGGCUGGAAACUGCAUAAAUGCUACUGUAAAUUAUCGUUUAUAUACCACUAGCUGAAAUGUUCCCUGAAAGCUGUUUGCUUGCCUCAUCGUGUUAUUUAGAGCUGCCGGGAAUGUUGUGGUAUCCUGGAGAAUGAGCUGGGAAGUGGAAGGUCUGGUCUUCCCUCCUGAACCCGUUGCCUCUGCAACCUGGACUCUGGAUCAGAGAAAGAUGAUGGAUGGCUGUUGAGUUUUUAAAGCAGUCAUUAUCUUACCAGCAGUGAACUUUUUUGUAUAAAUACAGAUUAGUUUUUAGCUGUUUAUAGCUACAGCCUGAUCUGAGCGGGACCAAGGCAAAAUGUAUUUCUACUAACUUAAACAACACUAAUUUUAAAAAUGCCACAGCAGGGCUUAAAAACACAUUAUUUAUUGAUUUUUACACUUUCAUGUCUUUGGCAUUAACGAAUUUCUCCAGCCAGAUACAUUUAACACUCUUGGUUUUGCUUUGAGAUGGCAGGGAAAGUGGUUGAGUGUUCAGAGAGUUUGCUGCCACUCCCUCUCUUGCUGCUGUACACUGCUGGUUAGCUUCUGCACUUUUCCCUUGUUCACAAGAAAGACUAAUUCACUCACCUCUCUCUGCAGUUGAGAGUUUCAUAAGGAAGAAGUUGUAACAGCUAUAGGAGCGCUAACUGUGACUUAAUUUAAGGUAACACUGCUUUAAAGAAGUAUUUCUUUGCAAUAACAAUAAAAUUUGACACCAAAACUCAUAAAAACUUAUUUUUUGCAGUUUAUCUGUCACUGCAUACAACCAGAGCCCCACAAACACAACGACCGCUGUAAAAAUAAAAGAUAACUAUAAAUAAAAAAGCUACUUCAAGGCAAGGGAAGUUUAUUUGUAUAGCAUGUUUCAGUAACAAGACAAUUCAAAGUGUUUUACAGGAAAAAAACCUAAGAAAAGACAAGAAAAACAUGUAGAGAAAAGUACAUUUCAGUGGCAUAAUAAAGGCAGAUAAUAAAAAGAUGGACUACAGACUAAGAUUAAUAUUUCUGUUAAUAGAACAGUCUAAGGUAGCCCCAAAUAAAUGAGUUUUAACUUUGAUUUAAAGGAACUCAGGGUUUUAACUUUUCUGCAGUUUUCUAGAAGUUUGUUCCAGAUUAAUGGAGCAUAAGAACUGCUGCUUCUCCUUGUUUGGUUCUGGUUCUGGUUCUGGGGAUGAAGCGCAGACUUGAAUCAGAAGACCUGAGUGGUCUGGAAGGUUGAUGCACUGACUUCACUACACUAGUUGCAUUAAGAGUGCAAUAAUCCCCUUCUAUCAAGUUUGCAAACAUUGAUAUUUAUUCAUGCUCUCAUGUAGCUAGAGGGCAAAUAAAAUGCAGCAAAACUAACCCCCACCCUGCUGUCAAUCCGUGGGGUUUGCAAACAUCCUCUAUUAUAUAUUUGCUUUAUCAGGAUAAAUCACAAUUAUUUUCUGGAUUCAUUUCACCGUUGCUUAUUGAUGAUAAACAAUGUAUUUUCCCGUCACUUUAUGCAAGCUGUGCUUUUUCCAAGCAACCAACUGCAGGCCCUGCCUGAGCAGGUCAGUCUUCAGUAUAGAAAACCAUGAAUUAUAUUUCAGUAACUGUCUUAUGCAGAAGUGAUGACCUUUUAAGGCUUGUAAAAUAACGUUCCAUUGAACUGCCUGGGAGCCGAUUUAGGAUGGCGGAAAUCUACUUGGUGCUCAUCUCCACUGAUUAACCAAUAAUAGUGGCCAAAAUGAAGACUUGCUCCAUGUAAGAUACUGACUGCUCAUAACGCCCAACAUUAUUCCACUUUUAAAAAUCUGAACAGUCCUCUAACCUUCAUUCGUUUACUGUGUUACCUGAUAUAUGGGGAAGUAACUUUGAUGACAGUCGCUCACCAGAUAAUAGCGCCACCUGCUGAAAUCAUUUAUGAUGAAAUUUUCCCGUAGAAAAUCAGUUUUGCACAAACAGCUUUGAUGGGGAUUCAGGCUUGGUCCAAUUCACCGUGGUUAGGAAGAAAAGAAGAAGAUCAAAUGAAGUUUCCCAUCUUUACUGUAUCAGAGCCAUAAUUUAUCUGUUUGUACAUUUCAUUUAAUUUUUCAAAACAACUGAAAAGGAACAAAUAAAACGGUACAAAAGCUGAA